AUGGUGAUGAUCGGAGCGCACGAUUGGUGUAAAUGUCAGCCGCUACCUUUGCGUAUCCCGGUCAAAAAGUUCAUCCCUCGUCGUGACUACGAUAAUAAAACUGACGAAAACGACAUCGCUCUCCUAGAACUCGCGUGGGACAUACCUUUCCCUGCAGAUAACUCUAUCGCCCCGGUGUGUCUGCCAGAAAAUCCACUGGAUGAUAAUCUGACAGUCAACGUCAUCGCAACUGGAUGGGGCCUCAUGAGCAAACGCAAAAAAGUGUGGCCGGAGAAUAUAUUUAAUAGCAUGUUCUGCGCUGGAGGAAAUAUGGAAGGAACUUGCCUCGAAGACUCCGGCGGCCCCCUCGUUAUGACUACAGGCACCGCUGAAGGGCCCCUCGUGCAGAUCGGUGUGACGUCAUAG